CUCGCUUCCCCGUCCUCUUCGCUCGCUCUUGCAGCUCACAACGUCGUCGACGACUACAUCACGCUCGCUCAACGCUCCAAAACGCUCUUUCACGCCGGUCUCUACGUCCUCGGGCAUGUUCCCUGACGCUUCAUAAGGCAGCGCCAUUUGAGAAAAAACUUACAUUACCCACUGCUAAACAUCCUCUCUCAGACCAAUCGCGAUUAUCCCUGCCAUGAACCAUCGUGUUUCUCGUCGCAUUUCUUCCAUCUACCCGCCAGAUAAUGGCGAAUAUAUCUCGCCGUUUACGGCUCCUGCCAUGCCGAAUCUGAGGACGCAGGGUUCUGCUUUACACAGGCCAGUCGUCGCGGAAGCUGCUUUCAUCCCACGUUCUCCUCUUCCUCCGCAAAAGUUAGCAAAACUUGCCAAUGCUCUGGGUAUCUCAACUCCUAUGCCGGCAUCUAGUCCGCCACCCUCGGCAUCCAAGUCGUCUUUUUCCACACCCCGUCCUCCUGAAGAUCGCGUGUCUCCUGAGUCGAAAACCGCGACUCCUGCUUCAGCGACGUUUCGUUCGGCAAGCUCGAGGUAUCUGAUACAUGUAGUCCCGCCUAAACACUUCCCCCAUGAAAGUCGCAAGGACCCCGAGGCAUUUGCGGCAUUCCGACGUGGUUCUCUGGUUCCGCUACACGCGACUCUCCAAGCGCAGAUCGCUGCCAUUGCUCGGGAGUUUCAGCUCCCUACUACUUGUGGUAUUGUAUUGUAUCUUGUGAACGAGCAAGAACAUGGAGUAUCGACUAGAAGUGCUUUGGGGAAGGGUCCGCGAAUAAGUGAAGAGGUCUGGAACUGGCUAUGGACGAAAGUAGCAGAGGAACGACCUGUUAUGCGUGGAGUUGGUCUGGGCUUAUCCAGUACUGCGUCUUCGCCUGCUCCAGGUGAGCGGCCGAUGUUGUUGCGAAAGCACUCAUCUCCCGCAAAGCUCGAUUUGUCUCGGCCAUCUGGGUUUGAUAAAUACCCCCUAACUCCCUCGCCUUCGACUCCGUCUACCUCGACCUCUACAACUACACCGCAGACUGCAAGGCAAGAGGAAUCUAAGGAUCGAGAUUCCUCAGUCGGACAAUCUGGUUCUUCCCAAUACUUUAGUACAUCAUCCAAUCUUGCACCGGAUACUCCUCCAUCUUCCCUCGACCUUGACCGAGGGUUAUUACCCGGUCUUGGCAGCCCAUCUCUACUCCCAGUUCUUGCGAAGGUGGAAUUUGACAUUGACCGGAAGGCGGGAACGUGGUACGAAACGUGGUGUCGUUCGCGAAAAGCCUUGCAAAAGCGGAAGGACAAGUCGCUUGACGCGCAGGGAAAAUUACAACUGCGGAUUACAAUUAACGACAAAAAAGGCACUAUAAGUCCCCCGUCGUCGUCUUCAGACGAGGAGGAAGAAGUAGGAUACAAACGCCUCGGUGAUUCUCCAGACGAAAUCGAUCCAGAGGACGAACUCACAGCCGGCCCUUCACCUCGUCGCGUAGAUCCACUUGCUGACGUCUUUGGCUCAGACGGAGAAGCUUGGUCCGAUAUGCAGUCACGUAGACCUGCCCGAAAGACCAAAGGCGAUUUGGCCCUUGAUGGCGCGUCUCUGAGUGGCCCUCAAGUUUCCGAGAAUCCGGAACGAAAAGAAGCAUCCGACGACGAAGUCUUCGCUCUAUGGAAAGCCCACGAUCAGCCACAGUUACACGUUUCUGGCAUGCAGAUGCAAAGAGGCAAGGUCCCUCCACCUUUGAAUCUGCAGGGAAGCGGCAGCAAUUUGGAGAUCAACAUUGCGACUGUCACUCCGAGCCCAUAUUCAUCUUCUAGCUUCGAAGAUAGUAGCCGUCUUCCAUACUUAACCGACAGAAGGGAUACGCGCUUGUUCCUCGAUGAUGAGACUCUUCGGGAGAAGAGGACAGGUGGUAUUUACGACGAUGUCGAACUCGACCUCGUUGCAAACCUUAACAUUGAGGAGCAUCGUGCGAAGCAACUAAAGAUCCGCGAAGAGUUAGACGUCCUGGAACGCAACUUGAUGCAAUUUUCUCCACGAGCACUCAAUUCCAUCAACCUCUCGCCAGACAUGCUGCCUCCGAACAGCAUUCUUCUCAACUCUGCACCUCCUCAGCGUACAGUAUUUUCAUCUUCGCACCACGGAGGCUCCCAGAGUGUCCAGCUUUCUGGUCUCAACCCCAAUCGCGUCUCUUCCGUGAAAGGCGAGGGUGUCAUAGGCCCGCCUUUGUUUAAACAACCCGCUCUGGUUGGGACUCCCAGUCCAGAAGCAGACAGUUUUAAAGGCACCAAUCAUUCAGAGAGGGGUUCGGACGGGAAUGUAAUAUACGAGUCUUCCGAGCAUCGAGCAGCUUGGCCAUCUGUAUCAUAUGCAACGCUAGCCAACCGGGGUGAGGGGGAUCCGUUGCUGUCUCCGACAGGUUCUCUUCAAAGCUUGAAAUCGGCCAGGCACCCGAACUCGCCUCCUAAGGUUGUAUUAAAUGGGAAGAUGAACGGAACGACCAAGACUACUUCGGUCUAUAAGCGAAAGAACUCCUCUAUAUCAUCAUUGCUUAGCACUAUCAGCGGAACUCGAGAGACAUCAGAGUCUAAGGCGAGGAUGAAGCAGUUUGAGGAGGAAGCGGGGUUCUACACGGACGUGCCGAGACUGCAGCCAUCAUUAUCGCGCAGGACGCCGGAGUUGACUGAGUCCCCCGUGAUACCACUUUCACCGGAUCCGUUCGGACGAUUCCCGUCCUCCGUUGAUGCCAUGGCGUCUCCUGUGAAUAAGCCGCCGGAACGAACAUCUUCGCUCGAGAAGGGCUCAUUCACGGGCCGAAAUACCGCGAGAGACUCGAUGGCGCCGUCUAGUCGGUUUUCAGUAGACUCUGUUGCUGAAGAGCAACAGUCGUCGAAGGUGAACAAGGCUUCGAACCUCGUCUCUAUGAAGAGCAUUAGGAAAUUAUGGCGUAAAAAUGAUAAAUCCAACAAUUCCGGAGCAUCGAUACCUCCCAGUCCGGACCCUUCAUCUAUGCCUUCCCGCCCAAUGAGCUCGGCUACUACCGGUGUGGACACAGAGACGGAUACUUCGCGCACACCGUCGCCGUCAAUACCGUUCCCGUCUGGUCCGAAACGGGGAGCCCAGAAGCCGCGCAAGUCCUCGCGGGAUUCAGGACUUGAUCCAUUUUAUUUUGACCAGGAGCUAAAGUACCCAACUCGGCAGACUCCAUCGCCAUCAGCACAGAUGGCAUACCAAUUCCCACCAAACUCUGGAACUCAAGCAGCGGUACGCUCGACAACCCCGAUUUCUGAAAAGAAGAGGUCAGUUCGAAAAUCGCUUGUGAGUAAAUGGAAGAACGGGUCAGAGGGUUCUUCGACGGAUUCGGGGGCAGAGACACGCCGGCGGCGCCCGAGUAUUCUGGAUCUUGCGGGUUUAAUGCGAAGCGGAGGAGGAAGCAUUUCGUCGACGACUGCGCUGCAAUCACCUGUUCCAGAAAUUCCUGCUGAGUAUCGCAUGAGCCAGCAUCCACGCACGCAGUCACGCGCGUCCAUUGCUCCUACUGUUUUGUCAACGACAGGCGACGAUCGUGGUUACGGACGACGGAAGCCGACGACACAGGUUUCGACAGACUCCUCACAAGAAUCUGUUGACCCGAUUCCAACACCGGUUUCUGCAGUUCCACCAUUGUCAUUCUCGAAGAGCAAGAACAAGGCAGGCAGCCUGAGCGGUAGUCUGACGUUAUCGCUUGCGAGCGCGGGUGAAGCUUCAGACGGAAUGCGGUCGAGCUUCGAUGACAGCCAAUUCGAGAUUGUAUCGCCGCACGUAGGUCGUUUGUCGCCGGCUGUGUCUAUAGGGACAACACAGAACGGAUUAGAUCGGGACGAAUAAGCCGCGAUUGGACAAGUUCCGACUUGGCUUGCUUUUGUGUGUGAGCGUGAGUUGUAUUGUGAGUGAUCAGCGGAUUUCAUUUUCGCCAAUUUGCACCUUUUCGCUUGAUUGAAUUUCAUUUUUACGCUACACUUCUUUUUCAUCCCGUCUUUUGUAUAAGCUAUAAGCAGAGCUACUUCCGAUUCUAUUCGUUCCUUCAUAAGUACAUUGGAUUUUUUUUUGUUUCCCUUAAUUCUGUAAUCUUGCAUUUUCUGUGUAGUGGCGACAAAUAGUCACCUGGUUUGACCCUGUGUUUGAAGACUACAGGGACAGUAAUAUUGAAGUGGAUACAAUCUUCG